CGGUAAUGGUACUGAUGAGGGAUGAGUCAGGCUAUAUGAUGCUGAUGAUACUGCCAUUUCAUCAGCACAUUUUCACAAACAUCUCUUUAUCACUAAUCAUGAGAUUGACAAUAUGAAUUUACAAAGAAUUUACGGGCAUUCUGAAAGUAACUGGUCUUAACGCAAACGCCCCAGACGAUUAUGGGCAUUCGUUUGGUCAUUUAGUGCAUAUUCAAAGCGCGACUAGUUGCACAUUUAUCCUCACAAACACUCGGGUGUGCUUCGAUGCCUUGCUGGGGAACGUCGCGGUGUUAUACGCUUUCUGACUGAAAGACAGCGAAGAAUAUGGGGCUUGCCAUCCGCAGACAUUGAGAAGCAUAACCAAGAUAAAAUAAGAUAUGGAAGCUAUAUGGCUGUACCAGUUCCGGCUGAUUGUCAUUGGCGACUCGACGGUGGGGAAGUCUUGUUUGAUCAGACGCUUCACAGAAGGACGUUUUGCACAGGUGUCUGAUCCUACUGUUGGCGUAGACUUCUUCUCCCGUCUGGUGGAGAUUGAACCAGGCAAACGCAUCAAGCUUCAGAUCUGGGACACGGCAGGCCAAGAGAGAUUCAGAUCUAUCACAAGGGCUUAUUAUCGUAAUUCAGUGGGUGGCCUUUUGCUUUUCGACAUCACCAACCGGCGCUCCUUCCAGAAUGUCCACGAGUGGCUGGAGGAAGCGCGCAGUCACGUGCAGCCUCACAGCAUCGUCUUCUUACUGGUCGGCCACAAGUGUGACCUGGAGCAGCAGCGGCAGGUGAGCCAGCAGGAGGCAGAGAAACUGGCAGCCGCUUACGGCAUGCGCUACGUGGAGACCUCGGCCCGUGACGCCAUAAACGUAGAGAGGGCUUUCACAGAGCUGACGCGUGACAUCUUCGAGCUGGUCAAAUGUGGUGACAUCACCAUCCAGGAGGGCUGGGAGGGUGUCAAGAGCGGUUUCGUGCCCAACGUGGUGCAUUCGUCCGAGGAGGUGACCAAGAGUGACCGCCGCUGCCUCUGUUGAUCAAGUGACUCCUGUCGGCGUAUCAUGCUCCUUCACUGCAAAACCGUCGUUCUCCCUUAGCUUGACAUUCCCACUACUGCAACCCCACAAAUACUCUCAUCGCCUCAAUCAAUGUUUUCUGCUUUCAUAGUUACUUCCAAUAAAGUUCUCUUAAAAGUCAGUCCAAAUAAUGACUUCAAGAUAAGCAGAUGUGAAAUAACUGAAGCUUUGGUGAGGAAGAUGGAACUUGGGGAACUGAGUUGUGAGAACUGUUUGAGUAAAAGAUUGCAGAAACACACUGAUCCUUUGGAGCAAAGACGGACCCAAAAUUUACACCAAACGUUUAGCCGGUAAUGAUGGAUCAUUUGAGAGCAUGUACAGGAGGACCACACCAAUCCAAACAUCACAUUGGACCUAAGAUACUCAUUAAUAAUAAUUUCCUGUAAUUCCUUUUUUAAAAUAAUGUCAUUCAUCAGCGAUGCAUUAAAUUGAUCAAAAGUCACAGUAAAGACAUUUAUAAUGUUACAAAAGAUUUCAAAUAAAUGCUG